AUGUACGGCCCAGGACGCCUGCACCUGGGCAAGGCGGCGGUCGGCAGGCACUUACUGCUACUGCUGCUGUUCUUCGCUGCAACAUGUCUUUCCCCUGCUGGCCACGAUCUCCACCCGGUUUUGCAGCGAGGCCCGGCGCCGUUUACGGACGAAGCCGCGAUCUUCAACUCUACAGCCACGACUACCGCGAUGGGGCCAGUGCAUUUGGGAUUUCGUCCAGUAGGUACAACUGGGAUCGCUUCCACAGCUUCCACGUCUCUCAUUGAGUCGGUCCAGAUCCUAACAACAGUCAGCUCCUCGUGUGAUCAUGAGGCGGUCGCCGACCUCCUGACUCCACCUGAUGGUAGCCCGGUGACUAUAUUUCCUAGCUGGACACUGACUGCCACGACCCCGAUCUCAACGCCUACUCUCGACGAGCUUCCCGACGCGCCGCCAGACCUCCCCACCUUCCCCUUUCGCGAGUUGGGCUUGACAAUGAACGAGCUCGAGUUUGUCUGGCAAUCACCGGUCACGCCGUACUCCUUUGCCAACGAGUUCCAGGAACGAUACGGAGGACUAUUCGCGGACUACCGAGGCGCCGACCUGUCGGGUCCAGAGGAUGACGACGUUUGCGACUUGGAUGAGCCUCAGCAGCAAGGUUAUACAGGAGGAAUGCGUUGGGUCCAGUUCUCGGACUUAUCUGCCUCAGACCUCCUUGAAGAUACCCAAACUUACGAGCAGCCAAGGUUCACCAUUAAUCCAACAGUGAUCGAUCCGCGUGUUGGCAUGUCUGUACUGGCGGCGGACAUAUACUCUCCGUUGGACGUGUGCCCUGCACCUCGACCUCUCACCAAUUCCCACACCACCUCUCACCAAAUUUCGUCGACGACCGGCAACGCGAUUCCGACCCCAAUCAACGCACAUGCCAGCCCUGGCUUCGACAUCGAUAGCAUACCCAAUGAAGUGAUGCUAGAGAUCUUCAGGCAUCUUUUGGUAUUUCCAGGCCAAGCGGUCCGCGUAAGCGAUUCGAACCACCCGACUGGAGAACCUGUACUCCAGGUCGGGAUUUCAGGACAACCCAGGCACACGGACCUCCGCCUGCCACCUCUACGAGACCUUUUGGCCGUAGCUGCAACGAAUCCACAACUCCGCCGCCUCGCUUUAGACCAAUUCUUUGGAUAUAACACCUUUGAUCUUACCAUCGGCAAUGUCCUUCGACGAAAUGCCCUUCGAUGGAUCAGGGGUCUACCUAGACAAUACCGAGAGUGUCUAACGCGUGUCGAAAUAUCCCUCUACUUGGGCCCGGUAACCUACCCGUCGAAGAGGAGGAUAAAUACCGAGGAGAUGAUUAGAGAAAUUGGAAAGAGCCACAUGCUGCGGUCAGUCACAAUCAAAGUGCGAGACACUACAGACAUCCGAUCUCUUUCACCUGUCGAAAAACACCGGAGAUUCCGUCAGAUGCCUGGGCUUGACCUUCUUAGUCGCCUUCGCGGGGUGGACAACUUGGUGGUAGAGGCCUCGUUCGCACUCGAAGUCAUCAGGAUCAGGCGACUGAAACAGUGUCUGGCGAAGCCGAAAGGGAGGCGCGGCAGGCACGAUCAGCCAGAUCUCUACCCAGCUCUGGCUCUUCACCCAUUGAGCAGCCACACCCUGGUGAAGAGGCUUUGGUCAGAACUAAACUCUGAACUCGAGUCCUACGGUCUGAAUCCUGAAAAUAUCAAGACCAAGAUCUCCAAGGCAGAAGAGCUCGGGCGUUUGAGGCGGCUCGACUGGAAGAACCCAGAUGAACCGGACGAGCCUUGA